AUGCAGUUCAAGACCAUCUUCGCCGCUGUUGCCACCUUCGCCGCCGUCGCCUCGGCCCUCCCCACUGGCAGCGAGCACAACGGCAACGGCCAGUGCGCCACCGGUGUCGCCCAGUGCUGUUCGCAGAUCAAGCAGGGCCCCGCCGCCCAGGACGCCCUUGCCGGCCUUGGUCUCGCUUUCAACGAGGCUGUUGACGGUGUCAUCGGCCUCGACUGCCAGCAGAUCCCCCUCCUCAUCGGUGUCGCCGUCCAGAACACCUGCAAGAACACCGCCGUCUGCUGCGAGGGCUCCGCUAACAACGGCCUCAUCCAGACCUCGUGCACUCCCAUCUCGAUCAACUAA